AGCUAUGUCUCGUUUGGAGGCGACGUCCUCCGGAGAUCGCAUUUGUCGGCCGCAUAGGUCAUCGAGGCUGUCUCGUUUUGGAAAAGCGAGUAGGACACUUCGAAUGCGACAUUCUUUCACGGGAAUUCGGAGGAUGCAUGAGUUGUAUCCUUCGUGGGCACUCAAAACCCACAAUUCUUUGCUUCAACGGAAAUGUCUAAAAAAUAUAAUGUUCAAACGCAAGGAAUGUUAAUUCCCAAGUUGAAGUACCUCAAUAGACGGGUGCAGAGUAUAUAUUAUGUAUAAUUAUAUGAAUAUAUAAUUACAAUAAAGUAUUAGACUAAAAGUACACCUGUAAAAUCUAUUUUCUUUUUUGUUCCCUUCUCACUCAAAGCGCUCGCGCUUGUUAAAAAGUGGCGUUGUCAUAGCAACCAUGUUACGUUCGGUUUCCGUUCGCCCGAAGGCCGUCUUGUUUAAACGAGGCUUGUUUAAAGGAGAACACUCGGUAUACUGCAGCCUUCAAAGGACGCGAACUCCGGAGGACGCAUCCUUCCAAACGAGACACAGCCAAUAAUAAAAAUAUUUUGAACGCGUUUCGUUAAUCGAGAACUCAGACCCCUUUCGAUUUCCGUAGCUGCCUUUUCUGGCCGGUGUCAUGUCUGCUCUCAUGCUGAACGCGUGGUAGAAAUAAUCGUCAUUUCCUCCUCAUCCUUCUGGUGCAGUUAAUCUGAAGAAGUCAUUCUAGACAUGGCAGGGUCGGUACAAGACAAAAGUGCCACCGGAUUAGAAUUCGCGGAGCAGCAGCUUCUGCGCCAUGGAUGGGAAAAAGGUAAAGGUUUGGGCAGGACAGAGAGUGGCAUCUCAGAAGCUGUUAAAGUCAAAAUUAAGUGUGGCAAAGGAGGGAUUGGCCAUAAAGAAGGUGAACAGUUUACUUUCCACUGGUGGGACCAUGUUUUUAAUAAAGCCUCCUCUAGUCUGGUUGUGGAAACAGGGAAGGUAACCAAUGAUGGUGUGUUGGUGAAGGCAGACAACCACAAUGAUGUAUUGAUCUCCAACAAGAAGCCACGCAAGGCUCAGCAAGCCAAGUCCAUGCUCUAUGGACGGUUUGUGAAGUCAGCCACUCUGCUCUCAGGUGAAGAGCAGCUGGACAAGAACUCUGAUUCAGAUGAUAGCAGCAGUAGUUCUGAAGAUGAGGACCAGAAACUGGACCUCUCCAGCACUACAAAGUUAUCAGAUGAAGACUUGCUUAAAGCUUGUGGAGGACGAACAGCACACAAAGGGGCUAGACAUGGGCUCACUUUGAGUGCCAAACUGGCCCGUCUUGAGCAGCAGGAACAAGAGUUCAUGAAUAAGUAUGGUAAAAAGAACCAAACUUCAAAGACACCUCAAAGCAAAACAGUUGUCUCUCAUCCAAACCCAAAGGGUAGUCCUGAUAUUACAGAGGAAAAAAAAUUUAAGAAAUCAAAAAGGAAAGAGAAACCCUCAGUGAAUGAUAUCCAUUAUGGUCAGACCACAAGACAUAUCCUUGAAUGUAAUGAAAUUGUUGACAGCAUACCAAAAACGAAUGAAAACUCUAAUGGGCUGCCUUCAAUAAACGAUGAUACGAUGGCAGAUACUAAGCCUAAGAAAAAGAAAAAUCGCAAAAAAAAGAAUGCCUUACCAGAAGAGGUGAAUGGGGACUGCAGCAUAGCAGUGAAUAAGAUGUCCACACACACAACUGAGAGACCACAGCAACAGAGGGCAGAGGAAGAAGCUUUACACCAACAGAUGAAUGAGAGUAUCCCCAAGAAGAAGAAAAAGAGAAAAUCAGAGAUUGUUGCUGUAGCUGAGAAGGGAGUGACAGCUGACACAGACGUGAUCAGUGAGGAUUACACUGACAGUCAUGACAAACAAAUACAGAAGAACGGUUUUGAGAAUAAACAAACUUCUGAGAGUGCCUCCAAGAAGAAAAAGAGAAGAAAUCAAGCCUCCAGGGACCACCAUGAAACAUCUCCAUCCAUUGAUGAGGAAAACUCCACCAGUUUUGUGACGACAACAACACAGGACACUAGCACAGAACGACUGAAUAUAGACACAGAAACAAAAGGACUGGAGAAAAAGCCGAAGAAGAAAAAUAAACGAAGAGAGGUGGUAGAGAAUUUUGAGGAGUAUGUGCCAAAGAAAAGCAAAGAGUAAACUCAGAU